AUGGAAUUAGUCGCAGGUGGUGCGAUGCCCUCGCCCUGUGCCUCGCAUUCGAGUUGUCGUUUUCUUCCCUCUAUGAUCUUGAGGGCACUUUUGCUAUUUAUCAUCGGCGUUGUCUUUUUCAUAGUAGCCGAUGUGAUGCGUGGUGUAACAAGAACUUCUUACGAUUAUAAUUACACUAUUUUUGGCUUUGUCAGCCCCUGCAUAUGGGUUCCAUUGUUCUGUGGGUCCGCUUCAGGAUUCUUGUCCCCUCAUAUUGAUGCGUUCUUUGGAAUUUUUGGCGCUCAAGAUCAUGAGUGGUCAUCUGUUAUACGAUGCAUAGCUCUAUUUCUGGGCAUAAACCACGCUACUCUUCGGAUAGACUUCGCCUCAUAUAUGCAAUUAUUCUUUACUUUAUUGGCUCUUUCAUUUGGACUUUGGUGGUGCUUUGAUCGUUCUGUGGGAGGACUAGUCCUGGGACUAAUAACUUCGGGCAUAGCAACCGUCAUUUAUCAGUCCUUCGCGUGGAAAGGUAUCCUAAGGCUAUCUCAUCCGGUUAUGCUCGCCUGGCUUCCUUGCCUCUUCUUUUCUGGGUGCAUCACGGUUGGUCUAGUCGGCAAACAGUUGGCUAAACUAAGUGGUAUGGAUUGCGCAAAAUUCAAGAAAGAAUGA